AUGCAAGCUGUUCAAGCUUCAUCUUCACCACACUUUUCUAUCCAUUCCCCAAAACCACCACACUCAUCAUCAACAUGGGCAGGUUUGCUUGCUUCAUCUGUAAAUGUAAAGUCUCCACCUUUGUCUUCUUAUAAUAGAAGGGUCAUCUUGAAAAGCUCUUUUUCUGCUAGAGCUGCUUCUGUUGAAGUUGGAACUUCGUCGGUAUCAACUGGAACAGCGGAGGAAGAUGUGUUGAAAGCCUUGUCUCAGAUCAUUGAUCCAGACUUUGGAACAGAUAUUGUUACUUGCGGAUUCGUGAAAGAUAUGCAGAUUGAUAAAGCUCUAGGAGAGGUGUCGUUUCGGUUAGAGCUCACUACACCAGCAUGUCCGAUCAAGGACGUGUUUGAACAGAAAGCAAAUGAAGUGGUGGCAGUGCUCCCUUGGGUCAAGAAUGUAAAUGUUACGAUGUCUGCGCAGCCGGCGAAACCUUUAUUUGCAGAGCAACUUCCAUCAGGUCUACAAACAAUUUCAAACAUUAUCGCUGUAUCCAGUUGCAAGGGGGGAGUAGGAAAAUCAACUGUAGCAGUAAACCUUGCUUAUACUUUAGCUGAUAUGGGUGCUAGAGUUGGUAUAUUUGAUGCUGAUAUUUAUGGUCCAAGCUUACCAACUAUGGUUUCUCCUGAAAGUCGACUGUUAGAAAUGAAUCCAGAAAAGAAGACCAUAAUUCCAACCGAAUACAUGGGAGUCAAGUUGGUUUCUUUUGGAUUUGCUGGACAAGGACGUGCUAUAAUGCGGGGUCCUAUGGUUUCUGGAGUCAUUAACCAACUUCUCACUACAACCGAGUGGGGCGAGCUGGAUUAUCUUGUUAUCGACAUGCCUCCUGGAACCGGAGAUAUUCAACUCACUUUAUGCCAGAUAGUCCCGUUAACUGCUGCUGUAAUUGUUACCACUCCUCAAAAGCUAUCGUUCAUCGAUGUUGCAAAAGGUGUUCGGAUGUUUUCAAAGCUUAAGGUACCUUGUGUAGCUGUUGUGGAAAACAUGUGUCAUUUUGAUGCGGACGGGAAACGAUACUACCCAUUUGGUAGAGGCUCGGGUUCUCAGGUUGUUCAGCAGUUUGGAAUACCACAUCUGUUCGAUCUUCCUAUUAGACCGACUUUAUCCGCUUCUGGAGAUAGUGGAAUGCCUGAGGUGGUAGCCGAUCCUCAAGGCGAUGUUUCAAAGAUAUUCCAAAAUCUAGGAGUAUGUGUUGUGCAACAGUGUGCCAAAAUACGCCAACAAGUUUCAACAGCUGUAACCUAUGAUAAAUCGAUCAAGGCAAUUAAAGUAAAAGUACCGGAUUCAGAUGAAGAAUUCUUUCUGCAUCCUGCAACAGUGAGGCGGAAUGAUCGAUCUGCUCAGAGUGUGGAUGAAUGGACAGGGGAGCAGAAAUUGCAGUAUACCGAUGUUCUUGAAGAUAUUGAACCCGAAGAAAUUAAGCCAAUGGGAAAUUAUGCAGUUUCAAUAACUUGGCCCGAUGGGUUUAGUCAGAUUGCUCCUUAUGAUCAGUUGCAGACAUUGGAAAGGCUAGUUGGUGUUUCUGCACAAGCAUGA